AUGGCGCCCAAAAACAGUCAAUCGCUACUGAGCUCUUCGCAGAAGGGCAAACAACAGACUAUCUCGAGUUUCUUUGCGCCGAAAUCAUCGCAGACACCCAAACCUGCGCCAACACCUAACUCGACUACAAAACCCGUUGACAAGCCUGUAGCGCCCAUCGAACCUGAUAGCACAAAACCUCCAAGCGACGAUGACGAAGACGAAGACGAAGGACUUCCACUGUCACGGCCUCUACCGACUCGGAAGCGCGCAGUGGUCAUACAUGACGAAGAUGACGAUUCAGGGCGCUCUUCGCCCUCGAAGCGCGUGCGCCUCGCAAGUGAAGACUCCCCACGACAGACGCUAGGUCAGACGUCUACGACCGAUCUCAACAUACCGAAGCCUCCCAAAAUUACAGAUAGAACUGCCAAGUUUCUGUUUUCAUCAUCACAGCCAGCACAGGACGAAAACGGCGGAGAGGAGGCUACAGCGGCUUCGCAGAAGCAAAGGCAAAAGCUGCACGAGAAGUUUGUGAAGAAGCUCGGGCGACCAGACAGCUUUGCAGAGUUGAGGCGAAGGAACAAGAUAACUGCGGACGAGAAUGUCAAUGCAGAGGAGGGUGAGGCCGACGAGGACGAGGAUGAAGAGCCAGCCCCAAAGCCAGUGAAGGGCAAAAAGGGCGCUGCUACAAAGAAGACUACAAAGCUGACACCCAUGGAGAUGCAAUAUUUGGAAAUCAAGAGGAAGCAUCUCGACACAGUCAUAGUCAUGGAGGUCGGCUACAAGUACAAGUUCUUUGGCGAGGACGCCCGAACGGCAUCCAAGGAGCUAGGCAUCGUAUGCAUACCAGGGAAAUUCAGAUACGACGAACAUCCUUCCGAGGCGCAUCUCGACCGAUUUGCUUCUGCAAGCUUUCCCACACAUCGUUUACAAGUCCACGUUAAACGGCUCGUGCAAGCAAACCACAAAGUUGGAGUGGUGCGACAAAUCGAGACUGCAGCGUUGAAAGCGGCUGGAAAUAACAGAAACGCGCCUUUCGUUCGGAAGCUCACCAACCUCUACACAAAAGGCACCUAUGUGGACGAUGUAGAGGGAUUGGAGACAUCUACAGCAGGUGCAGGCGCAGGCGCUCAGUCCACUGGGUACCUGCUGUGCAUCACUGAAACGAACGCCAAAGGCUGGGGCAGCGAUGAAAAAGUGCAUGUCGGAUUAGUCGCUGUUCAACCCGCCACGGGCGACAUCAUUUACGAUGACUUUGAAGACGGCUUCAUGCGAAGUGAAAUUGAAACCAGGAUGCUGCACAUCGCUCCAGCCGAGUUCCUUGUGGUCGGUGAUCUUUCGAAAGCUACAGACAAGCUCAUCCAGCAUCUUUCUGCAAGCAAGACAAAUGUCUUCGGUGACAGAUCUCGUGUGGAGCGAGUCGAGAAGCCAAAGACCAUGGCAGCACAGGCGUAUAGCCACAUCUCCAAUUUCUAUGCUGGAAAAAUGAAGUCAAGUCAAGGGGGCGAUUCAGAAUCGGAUCAGCAAGGUGCUAUCCUUGAUAAGGUUCACCAGCUCUCUGAACAUGUUACGAUAUGUCUAUCGGCUAUGAUCACUUAUCUAACCGACUAUGGUCUGGAGCAUGUGUUUGAUCUCACAAAAUACUUUCAACCGUUCAGCGCGCGGUCAUAUAUGCUGCUCAACGGCAAUACUUUAUCCAGUUUGGAAAUCUAUCAGAACGCAACAGACUACACUGCGAAAGGCAGUCUUUUCUGGACUAUGGAUCGUACAAAAACACGCUUCGGACAGCGUCUUCUACGAAAAUGGAUCGGUCGCCCGUUGAUUGACAAAGCAAGGCUAGAAGAGCGUAUCGCUGCAGUGGAAGAGUUAAAAGAAGGCGAAAAUACGAUACCGGUCGACAAGCUCAAGUUCUUGUUGGGACGGAUCAAGACGGACCUUGAAAAGGUGCUCAUCCGAAUAUACUAUAAGAAGUGCUCCCGACCCGAGCUCCUGGCCGCACUCCAGACGCUCCAAGACCUCUCCAGUCAGUAUUUGUCAUCAAAGACACCAGAGAAGAGUGGUUUCAAGUCGAUAUUGUUGAGCGAGGCCGUUUCGAAUGUACCAAAGAUCUACGAAGAUGUGAACAGCUUCCUUGAUCAGAUCAAUGCCAAGGCUGCGAAGGAGGAUGAUAAGUAUUCCUUCUUCCGUGAAGAGCACGAGGCAGAAGACAUCAACGAUUUCAAGCUUAGCAUUGCAUCGGUGGAGGACGACCUCAACUCGCACAAGAAAGAUGCCGGUGCAAAGCUUGGCAAGUCCAAGAUUGACUAUGUGACUGUGGCUGGCAUCGAAUACCUUAUCGAAGUCAAACGCAAGUCUACGGAAGAGAAGAAAGUCCCCGCCUCAUGGCAGCAGAUAUCCGCAACAAAGUCGACUCUUCGUUUCCAUACACCAGAAGUCAAACGCAUGCUGCAGGAACGCGAUCAAUACAAGGAGUCGUUGGCCGCCGCCUGCGAUGCGGCCUUCAUACGUCUCCUCGAAGCCAUAUCGUCCAAAUAUCAACAACUUCGCGACUGCGUCUCUUCUCUAGCAACACUCGAUGCCCUUCUCUCUCUAGCCACACUAGCCUCCCAGCCGGGCUACGUGAAGCCAACCUUCACCGACAACGUCCAAAUCGACAUCACCGGCGGCCGGCACCCCAUGGUCGAGCAAAUCCUUCUGGACAGCUACGUGCCCAACGACCUCCACCUCUCCCACGACCACACCCGCUCCCUCCUCAUCACCGGACCCAACAUGGGCGGAAAAUCGUCUUAUGUGCGCUCAGCAGCCCUCAUCGCCAUCAUGGGCCAAAUCGGAUCAUACGUCCCCGCCACACAAGCCAAACUGGGCAUGCUCGACGCCGUCUUCACGCGCAUGGGCGCCUUUGACAAUAUGCUCCAGGGCGAAUCCACCUUCAUGGUCGAACUCAGCGAAACGGCCGACAUUCUCAAAUCCGCAACCCCACGCUCCCUCGUCAUCCUCGACGAACUCGGCCGCGGGACGUCGACGUUUGACGGCGUGGCUAUUGCCGAAGCCGUGCUUGACCAUGUCGUUUGCGAUUUAAAGUCGCUGACCCUGUUCAUCACGCACUAUCAGCACCUCGCUAAGCUUGAGAAGCGCUUCCCAGGCGGGCAACUGAAGAAUGUGCACAUGCGGUUUGAAGAGCGGGCGGGGGGUAAGGAGGUUGUGUUUUUGUACGAGGCGGCUGAGGGUACGAGUCAUAGGUCGUAUGGGCUGAAUGUGGCGAGGUUGGCACGGGUCCCUGAGAAGGUGAUUGCGGUUGCCGAGGUCAAGAGUCGUGAGUUGGAGGAGAGUAUGGAGGCUUGUAGGAUGGGCAACUUGGCGAGGAUGAUGAAGGGCUUGUUGAUGGAGGGGGGCGAUGAAGAGAGUUUGGAGAAGCUGGUGGAGGGGAUUGACCAGCUUUGA